CGAUCACGAUGAAUCCUACAUUAACCAUACGUAUGUAAUAAAACCACUUCCCCCGCGCCAGGGUUUCAGACACCGCCGCUUCAAGCGCUGCAGGGACUCAAAACUCACCUUGGCAGGCAAGCUUUCGGCUAGAAGAAGAAUAUUACAAAAUGCCGUCGCACAAGACUUUCAAGAUUAAGAAUAAGCUGGCGAAAAAGAUGAGGCAGAACAGGCCUAUCCCUCAUUGGAUUCGCAUGCGCACCGACAACACCAUCAGGUACAACGCUAAGCGCAGGCACUGGCGUCGUACCAAGCUUGGCUUCUGAGAACGCUUUGAGUUAGUUUAUUCACUAGUCAUUAGGGUUUAUUGUGAGAGUAUUUCUAGUUUUGCUUUUUUUUUGUGUGUGUGUGAGUGGAAUUAACUCUGAAGGGAUUAUGUUUUGACUUGAAUAUGAAAUGCAACAAAGUCAUUGCUUUGGCCA